CACAUGUGUGUGUACAUGUGUUUUGUUAUUGUAAUUACUAAUAACACAACAUGUGUUGUGUGAAUGAAUUUCGUCAUACAGGCAAGAAAAUAAUUUUACGUGCACAUAUUUUUUGUGGUUAUGUUUGUUUUUAAUGAUCAUAUGUAAAGUACAUACAUAUAUUCAACUGCAAGAGAUGUGCAUAUGUAAAGCAUAUAUAUUCAUACUAAAAAACAUUAGUUAAAUUGACCGUUUUCUUCUCCAUAUAGUAAAAUGAGUAAUAUUUUUGAUGAGGGUGACUUUUCGGCUGAUGACAACGUUGCGGAUCCCGACUUUAUAGCAGAAAAGCCAUCGCGUAAGCGAAGAUUGCAUCUGGACGAACCUUCUCCAUCCAAAGUGGCACGGGUCAACGCCAUACCGUCCAGCAACAUUUUUUGCUCCGAAUUUUAUACGGAUGUGAAACAAGUUGAAAUUUCUGGCAAAGUCUCAGUGGAAGCGAAGUGUUCUGCCUCUGGUUGUGGACGUAUCAUAAAGGGGGCCGGGGGAGUUACCUCCAAUUUCAUCAAACAUUUGAGACGAAGACAUAGCGAAUUAUUUGAGAAGUAUAAGGUUGUGAAGACUGUCAAAUCAGAUAUUCAAACCGCACAACAGAAGUUUGAAAAAAAACUUCUUUUCGCUAUUGUUGAUUGCAGUCUGCCUGUUUCACUUUUUGAACGUCGCUCUUUCCGAGAGUCAUAUGAAAUGACUGGACUUAAAGUUCCCAGCAGGCAGACAGCCAUGAUGAUAUUGGAGGACCAAUAUAAUAGCAUGUUGGAGAAAAUACGAGCUGAUAUCUCAUCAGCUAAGUAUUUUUGUACAACGGCCGACAUAUGGUCGGGUAAAAUAAAUUAAAAUAUGUUUUCAUACCUCAGGGAAAGAAGUAUAUGCGCAUUAUUGUUUUACGCGAUUUCUUUUCUCUC